AUGGCAAAGAUUGUAAAAACAAUGAUAUGGUUAAUUGUGGUGCUUGCUGCUUUGACAGCUAUCAAUGCCGAUAGAAGACCAUAUCGAAGAGAACAAAUGGACCUACGAUCAUUGCUCCGCGUCGAUGAUCUAAGUGAUGAAGAAUUCGAAGAAAAACGCACUGUUCCUCAAUCAGUAAUGAUUGAUUACAAAGUGACAAAAAACACAAUUGGCGCUGAUCGUUUUGAUUGUACUCAUAUCAAACAUAGUGUUCAAAAAGCUGGUGUUUGUAUCCUCCCGCUACCUGAGGCUGUUGCCUAUUGCAAUGUUGAUGCCACAUGUGGUGGCUUUGGUCUCACAACCAACAAGAAUUAUCACCAUGCUUUUGAUCUAGCCGACCGAAUGCCAGCUGCCGAACUUUUCAAAGGCACGAAAACUGUGACAAAUGAAGAGUGGAUAUUAUACGUCAAACAAUAA